AUGCGUCUGGCAAUUGUGUUCGUUACCCUCGUUUACGCUCUUAUCGUAGGAGCGAUGCAAGUAGAAUAUGGUUGCAGGCGCGACAACUGCCUGAGAGCCGUCAUUGCCAAAGCUUUUCCGAAUAGACAAGGUGCUGCCGAUUGCUCAUCGUUUCUCUUGACGACGGUCACGCCAGCCGCGAAGACUGUCACUGUCACGGAGAAGACCACAACGACCAUCUUCGCCACCAAGAGGGUCGGAUAUCGUGACAUUGAAGCUCGACAGGUUACUGUCGUUCCAUCAAACAUUCCUGCAUACGCUGCUGCAUGUUCAGGAAGUGUUCGAUACUCCAGUGCUUGCUCGUGUAUUGGUGUCAAGCCUUCGGUAACCACUGCGCCAACUCCCACGAAAACGGUUACGGUUACUCGUACAUUUACCAAACAUUGUACGGUUCAGUUUUGGGCAAGGUUGUUGAAGGAGUGGUUAUUAUUGGGCAAUGACCCAAGUCUCAAUCUUUGA